CAUCAAUGGUGUGGAGCCAUCUCUUGGGGCCGAAUACCAACACCAGUUGCUAGACAUUUUGGGAAUCGGCGAGUCUACUGGUUAUGGAAUUGGCAUCAUUCGGAAUCCAAAAUGGAAGACAACGGAAGAAGCGAAGGAAGUUGGAUUCGAUUCCAGGAAGCCCCAAUGGGGUAAUUGAUUUGAGCUUCAGCUUGGAUUGCUCAGACGACUCU